CCGCUUAUGAUAAUUGAAAAGUGAAAAUGAUUGAAGACCCUUAAUAUUUUUUUAAUAUAGCCCUUCUCUGUCCACCGUAAGUCUACAAUGGGUGACAUUAGAAGAGGAACAACAACAACAGGGCGCAGGACUUCUUCGUCAGACAUGAUUUCAAGGCGUCUUUCAAGAAUGGACAGCCGAUCAUUAUCUGGGGUUUACUCUUAUAUCCCAACUAGUGCUACAGUGAAUAUUAACGCAGAAGCCCAAGAGGAAGCGCUUAGAAAGUUGAACAUCAAUUAUGCAACAUUAAAGCGUCAGAUACUAUGUUACCAGAGCAGUACUUUAGGAAUGUUUCCCAGCAUUGGUAAUGAUCAGAAGCCAUCCAAUAUAGCAAGAGUCAGAGAAAGUAUCUAUUGUGCUGUCGCAGCUUGGGCACUAUCACAAGCAUACAGGAAAAUUGAUGAUGAUCAAGGAAAAACUGUUGAACUUGCUCAGACAGCAGUAAAAUGCAUGAGAGGUAUACUGUUUUGUUGGUUCAGACAAGCUGAUAAGGUAGAAAAGUUUAAAUUAAAUCAGAGUCCUGACUUUGCAUUACAUUCAUCAUUUGACAUGGUGACAGGAGAUCCAGUGUAUGGAGAUCAGGAUUAUCCUCACUUACAAAUUGAUGUGGUUGGACUAUAUUUGCUGUUUCUAGUGCAAAUGAUUGCAUCUGGUUUAAAGAUUGUGUACACAACAGAUGAAGUAAACUUUAUACAGAACUUAGUAUUUUACGUUGAGAGAGCCUACAGGACACCAGAUUAUGGAAUGUGGGAGAGAGGAAGUAAAUAUUACAAUGGAUCUACUGAAGUCCAUGCAAGUUCAAUUGGAAUAGCCAAAGCAGCAUUAGAAGCCAUUAAUGGUGUAAACUUGUUUGGAGAUCAAGGAGCUUCAUGGUCUGUGAUAUAUGUUGAUAUUGAUGCUCACAACAGGAACAGGACUAUUUUUGAAAGUAUUUUACCCAGAGAAUCAAAUUCUAAGAACACAGAUGCAUCAUUAUUACCAACUAUUUUCUGGCCCUCCUUUGCUAUACAUGAAAAACAUAUUACAGACAGAACAGAAGAUAAGGUCUUGAGAAGAUUGAAAGGCAAGUUUGGAAUCAAACGAUUUCUGAGAGAUGGAUACAGAACUGUACUAGAGGAUAAAACUAGAUCAUUUUACAGACCAGCUGAAAUAAAAACAUUUGAUGGUAUUGAAUGUGAGUGGCCCAUGUUCUACAUAUAUAUUAUAAUUACAAGUAUUAUUCAAGGUGAUAAGAAGCGUGCAAAAAAAUAUCAGGAAGAACUUGAACCAUUGCUCAUAAAAGACAACUAUCAACUAGGUGUACUGGUACCAAUGUUGUACUAUGUGAGGAAGGAAGAUCUUGUACUCAGAAACACCACUGAUUUACACAAGCAUCCAAGUGCAGAAGGAAACACUGAUGGUGUUUUCUUGUGGGGUCAGGCUUUAUAUUUCAUCUCUCAGCUAUUAAUUAAUGAUUUAUUAAAGCCUGGAGAUCUUGAUCCUAUUUUACGACAUUUACCAGCAUCUGAAAGACCAAAGUCAAUGAUAAAUACUAGAUACUCUACAUUUCAAGUCACUCCCCCUGAUUUAGUCACACAGGUUGUGUUGAUAGCAGAAAGUGCACGUCUGCAGCAGUUACUUGCAACCUAUGGUAUACAGACACAGACUCCUCACCAAGUAGAGCCUAUACAGAUCUGGUCUCCUAAAGAGUUAUCUAAAGCUUAUGAAUAUUUAGGGAUCAAUAAGAAAUUAAAGUUGACAGGAAGGCCAAAAAGACCAUUUGGUGUUCUCAGUACUUCCAAGAUAUACAGAGUCUGCGGUCAAACGGUUCUAUGUUAUCCAUUGUUGUUUGAAGUCAGUGAUUUUUACCUAGCACAAGAUAUGUCAGUAGUGUUAGAUGAUUUAAAGAAUGAUUUAGCAUUUUUGUCCAGUUGUUGGAAGUUAGCUGGAAGGCCAACAUUUUGUAUGUUAAUUAGAGAGAAUAACAUAAGAGGUCCAAACUUCUCAGAAUUUUUAGACUUAUUAUCCAUGUUUAAAAGAGGUGAUGUGGAUGGUGUGAGGGUCAGAGUAGGGAAGCUACAGUCAAUGAUAUCUUCAGCAUGUACAGAACAUCUAGAUUUCUUAGAAACAGUAGGGGAUGAAGUCUUUCAAAGGUUUGAGGAAAAAGCAGUCACUCAGAGCUUUAAAACCUUGACAGAAAUUCCGAAACUUCCAGAAAUUUUAGAUGAUGGAGAAGUAGUCCGUGAAGAGGAUAUACUAUACAAGGCCACUUGGGAUUUAGUGGAGAAGUAUAAAUUUACACCAGGAAUACAAUCUAGAAGUAUAAUACUCAAGGUUUUAUAUCAACGAGAAGGUCCGGAUUUCUACAUCAAUGAACAAAAAAUCACUGAAAAAAUAGAUAAACUUAUUAAUAAGGCAGGAGUGUAUAAAGAAUGGAGAGCUGUUCGAUUGUUAUCAUCAUUACUUGGGAAAUUAGUGGAUAGUUUAGCACCUUCUAUUACUACUAUUUUAGUAAGAGGGAAGCAGGUAACAGUUGGAGUGUUCGGUCAUGAAGAAGAAGUAAUAGAUAAACCCAUCAGUCCAGGAGAAGUGAAGAACAUUUUGUAUAGUCGUUGUGCUCAGUAUGAUUUACUACAGGCAGUGUUACAACAGGAACUUAUUCUAGGAAUUGGGAAAUUGAUAGCUGCUUCACCUGAAUUGUUUGAUGGUAUACUGAAGAUUAGAAUAGGCUGGUUUAUCAGAGCUAUACAGAUAGAGAAAGAGCAAGAAGAAGAUGGCCCUAUAGAUAUACACUCACUAUCACCUAGUGAUAUUAAAGAAAUGAUACUUCAAGUCCUGGUGCAGAAUAUAUAUGAGACAGAUUGUAGGACUCCUUUACAACAAAGACAAAUUGAUGGAGCCUUGAACAGGACCCCCAAAGACUUUUAUGAUAGAGUUUGGGAAAUAUUGGAAAAAACACCUAAUGGUAUCAAAUUAGCAGGAUAUCAUUUACCUCAGCAACCCACCUUGUCAGAUAUGACGAUGUAUGAAUUGAACUUUUCCUUACUAGUAGAACAGAUGUUAAGUAAGAUAGCUGAUCCUGCUUACAGACAGAUUAUAGUAGAGGCAUUUAUGGUUGUGUCGACCAUGUUAAAGAGAAACCCAGAAGUUACAUUUGAUCACGCUGCUAAUAUGGAUAAGAUAAUUCAAGACUCUUUUGAAGAUUUCCAGAAAAAUGCAAGCAGGGAAAAUGGAUCUGAAAAACAAGAUGACAUGAGAAUUUUCUUUAACACUCCUCCAAAUGUUAAACAUGGUACAACCAGCUACAUAACCAAAGCUGUACUCAGAACUCUUCUAGAAGGAGAGAUCAAAUUUGUAAAUGAAGAAAUGUGUCAUAUUACUUAAUAUUCAGUUAGUGCUGAAUUUAUACAAACCUCAACGAAUCUCAAAAAAUAUCGAAUAAUAAUUCAAUAUGUUAUAAUUGCACGAGUGUCACACAAGGAUAAUUAUCACAGUGAAAAGCUACUAUAAAAGUUUUAUUUUUUUAAUUUGACUCUCAUUCUAGCAGAAUGAAAGAUAAUAAACCACCAAAGUUCUUUUCAUUCUUAAAUAGAAGCAAAUUGUUUACUUGUUUUUGAACAAAUUCAGGAAUUAAGGGUACACAACCUCCAUAAAGGUUUUGUUUUGCCAUUUGUUUUGAAACAUUUUUAUUAUUAUUUUUCAUUUUAUAGAUUUUUAUUUGCAAAUGCCUUUUUUAUAACCAGUUCUAUGGUUCCAAUGCAAUGAAUGUUUCUUGUGUAAAGUUAAUGUUUAAGCAAACAUGUCUGUGUUUGUGGUCAAUGUUUGUUAUGUGAUGUAAUAAGAAUGAAUGUGAUUGUACAGAGACUGUGAUAUACAUACUAAUAUAUUAAUACCUGGUUACCUGGAUCUAUGCGACGAUAUAAGUCCAGACUUUAUUUGUCGCUUGGCAUUAUUCAGCUCAUUAUUUUUCUUGUGAUAAACUUUGCCUGUGCACAAAUACACUUAUGAUAAAAAAAAAAAAGACUGGAAAAAAACUUAUAUAUAUAAUAUGAUUUGUGCUUUCGGCUUUUGCAAUCAAAGAGUUAUUAAGAUCAAAUCUUUCAGUCAGAGUAAUAAAAUGUUUGGUACCAGUUUUAAUAUGCAAGACACAAGAAACACUUUGCUCAAAACCAAAUGUAUUGGGAAGCCAAAUAGUAAAACAUUUGGGAGCAUAUGAACUGAAAGGGCCUAACUAGAAUAGCCAGACUAUCUAAGGUCAACUUUACCUGAUGGUUGUGUAAACAAUUAUAUAAUUUAACUAAAUAUUAACAAUUUAAAUCAUGUUAAUCAUGCCAGAACAGAUGACCUUGCUGCUCUCUGUUUAAACAUGAACAUUGUUUUCUAUAGGAAUAAUCUUUCUUAGGUUUGAUUAAGACUUAAAAAGGUUGAAAAUCAGAAUGCAUAAAAAAUUAAAAAGUAUCUAAAUAAUAAUUUGAAGAUAUCAAAAUGCAGUAAAUCAAAAAUAAUUACUGGUAUCAUAAUUGCACUGUUUUUUAUGCUAUAUCUCUACAGAUGUUACAUUUAUUAAUCUUGCAUUACUGUCUGUUGUCAAAGAUUUUAUAUUAAUUAAUGAACUCAUUGAAAUUUUGAUUUAUAGUAAACAUUAUUUUUUUUUUCAAAUUCAGUUAUACAAUGCUAAUAUGAUAACUAUCUUUUCUUAAUAGUGCAGCUUAAUUUCAAAAUUCAUAUUUAGAAGAAUUGGAAAUGAAAUUAUCCAAGGUAGUCAAAAACUCACAGUCAAGGUCAAAUUGACCUUGGUAUCAAAGUAUUGAUUCCUGUAUUUGUACAAAAACACAAGAGUUAUUGUGUCUUUAGUUAGUUCAUAAAGAAAUUUGCAUUUCUUGGUAAUUGGUUUGAAGAUCUGAAAUGUUUAUAGUAAAGGUUAAAACAGUAUAAAUAGAUAACUGAAUUUUGAGAAAAAAUACAUUCAAAAAAGAUAAAAUUAUAGUAAACUGCUCUUUUUCUGAAGUUGAAUGAAAUGUAUUCUUAUAGGUUAGCAUCUUUUGGUUGUUGUUUUUUUGUAAAUUGAAAUUGCUCUCAUCAUGUCAAUUUUAUUAGAUUUGAUUAUUAAUAAUUAUUUUUUAUUUGACAAAUUAUGUCCUCCCAAUUCAUUUUGCAGAAGAAAAAAUACAGACUUUUUGGAUUAGACAAAUAAAGGUCAUUACUGAUACAGGAAUAUUUGAUGUUAUAUGAGAAUAUGCAAAUCUCCUCUGAAGUGACUUGAAUACUUCCUCGGUUUAUUAUAUUUGUUAAUGUUUUAUAUAUUUUGAGAGAUGGAAAAUGUGCAUUCAGUAAAAUUGAUAUUCAUUUCUAAAUCUUCAUUAGAUACAAAUUUUCUUUGAAUAUUGAAUCCCAUUUAUCAAUGAAAUUGUAAGUUCUAAACUGUUGUCAAAGAGUUUCAAUAUUUCUUUAUAUUUGAUUUUUGAAAUUUAGACUGUUAAAACAUGUCAGUUUAAGAAGUUUUGUAAUGAUCUAUAAGUGGACGGUAUGUGGUGGUGAACUAUGAAGCAAUUAAUAGAUCAUCUUUUUCAAUCAUAAGUCUUUUAUCUGAUUAUUAGUGCUAAUUAUUUAUUUGUUAUCUUAUUUGAUAUAGCUAAGAUCAUGAAAUACUUAUUGUCCAUAAGAAUCAAAACAAUCCAACACACACAAAGACGGGUUAGAAUUUACUGUUGUGUGCAGUUGUGCAUCGCCUAUUUAGACUUUUUAUCAUGGAUUAAUUGUUUUGUGUUUUGUUUUUUUUCAGUGUAUCAUAUAAGUUAUCUACGGAUAUGAAUGCAGAUAAUAAAUUUAAUCCCAGACUAAGUACGAAUCAAGUGAUUUUUAGGGAAAUUCUUGAACAAAAUAUAACAUGAAAGCAGCUUUUUUAUCAUUUAAAAAAGUUUUAUUGAAAUUUGAUAAUUUGACAUAUUAUUUUCACAGGGUGUAGGUAGAUUUGGUGAAACCCUACAGGUAGUCAAAUAUAACAUGUUUUUAAUCUAGAGACAGAGAAACAACAAUAAAUCAAAUUUGAAUUUUUUAAUGAUGUGUCAUUAGCCAAUCGAAAUGCGAGAAAUAUAUAACAUAUUAUUUUCUAAAGUCCUCUUAGACUAUACAUAAACGGACCAAGCUUAAACUCUUCUACAUGAAGUGUAAUCAAUAUAAAGUAGUGCACCUUUUAAAAAAAAAUUUGGAUCACAUUUAUUUCCAAUCAUCAAUCAAGGAGUUUUAAUUGUGGUUCACAGAGGAUACAUACAUAUAUUUAAUCAACAACUACAUCACUAAACAAAAAUGGCCAAAACUUGCCUAUAUUUUUUCAGGGACUGUACUUUGUGCCCCUGUAUUUCUAGGGUUUCUAGUCAUUUUCAAUGGUAAGAUCUGGCAGAUGGCAUCUUACAUAUUAUUAAGAGGUUCACAGCUUAGCCUAACAGUGUUUAAUUUUAUUUCCAUCCUUGCUGCCAAGCUCUCAUCAUCAAAUCAGUCUGACCUUUGUUUCUAUAUGUAUUAAAAUAUAAAGCAAUUUGAUCUCACCUACAUGUGUUUCUGACCUGGGUUUGGCUGUUAUAUUUCUUGAAAAAAAAGUAAAAAUUUAGAAUUUGUGACAAAUGACUCAUUUUCCAUCUGAUAAUGCCAUCACUGAAAAUAUUUGUAUAUACAUAAUAUAUAAGGCCACACAAGACGAAACACUAAAGGAUAAUUUUCUUUAAAACAAUUUGGUUUAUAUUAACCAAACCAGACCUGAUUUAUUCUAAAGGUUAUCGACUGUAAAUUCAGAAAUUAUUGCGUGCAUUUAUUAAUGUGAUUUUUGAAUGAUGAACAAAAAUACGAGAUUAAUUAUUUCGAUUUCAAAAUAUCUGCAAACAGAUAUAUAUAUAGCAGAUAUCAGAAUGUGAGUUCUUAUUAUUGCGAUACUCACUCAGUCGCAUUAUUUGCAAAAAUAAAAAACUCGCAAUAAUUUCUAAAUUGACAGUACUUUAAAAGUUGUAUCUAUUGCUACUGCCUUUUAACAGAUUGAGCUGGUAUAAUGCCAUGAUGCUAAUUUAUUUACAAUGGCUCCUGGAACCCUCAACAACUAGUCAAAAUAUAGAUGGUUAUAAAUCUCUCAAUAAUUAUCACCCUUCACAAGACAUCUGUUAGAUCUCCAUGAUAAUAUAGAUUUUAUAAUUUCUUCUAAUUAUAGGUUUUCAUUGCACUCAAACUACAGAAUGACUACAUGUUAUAAUUUUCUCCUUUAGACGUUUCACUAAUAGGUAUGAGUUACAGUCUUACCUAACAAAAUAUUUGCUGCAAGAUAUAUUUUCUUAAUAUAUUAUGUUACUCAAAUACAUUUUGUUGUCAAACUGUUGCUCAUACUUGAAUUGUUUGUGAGCAUUUUUCUAGUCCUAGUUUCUAUCUAUUUUGUUAGUUAUUUCCAUUACCAGCCUAAUUUGUCAAUUUUGUUUUGUAAUGAUUGUAAUGCUAGGAAGAAUUUCUUUUAUCAUACAUAAAUGUAGUCUGACAAAUUCUGAAUGACUUUUGACCUUUGCCCUGUAGCAAAAUUGGCAGACAUAACUUACUGAGUCGUUUACCGUAUUAUUAAAAGUAUUAGUACCUGGUCAUUGAGUUCAAUGACAUUUUUGUAGGUAAUAUUACAACACAAUUACAUGUACAUGUAGUAGAUGACCUGAUAAACCAAUCUUUUUCAUUCAUAAAUUAAAUUUGUACAUUUUUAGUAAAUGGUCAUUUGUUCGUUUUCAGUAAUUCUUACAUUUUCUUAUUUCUGUUUAAAAACUAUCAAUUUCGUUUCACAGUUUUAUGAAGAAAAAAGUUAUAUAAACUGUUAUAGACCAAACUUUUAGGUUUGCUUAUCUUUUAGGCUUUUUUUAUUGAAAAGUAGAAAUGUCAAAAGGACAACAUUUCAUUUUUGGGUGUUUUACUGUUUAUCAGCGAUGGAAUUUUCAUUUAUCAUGUUUAUAUAAAUUGUCUUCCUUUAUUUCAUCUUGUAUUAAAUAAAGAAAAUGAUAAAUUGUUUGCUAAGCAUAACACUUCUUAGAAGAUUUUAUUUUUUAAUUGAAAAAUGACAAUGUAUUCCCAUGUUACAAUACUAAAUUAUGAUAUAUUCUAUAAAAAAAAAGUACUGCAUUGUUUAUUUCUUUACAUGAGAGAUUUUCAUAUGUUCUUACUUUUUUACUUUUAUACAAAUAUAUGCUAAUAAUUUAAUUUUGGAUGUAACACGUCUUCUGAUUGGACGAGAGAAUUUUGUUAUCAGCUCAUAGACAUAAUUUUGUCAUGUGACCGUGACGUUAUCAACGUUUUUUUCAUGAUUUACUCCUUAAAAAUGGAAUUUAGAAUUAAAUUAUAAGGAAUGAUUGUAAUAUUUUUUUUGUCUAUUCGAAAUAACAGAAAAAAUGUGGUGCACACUGUUAAAUAACCCGCUACGUGUGUUAUUCAGUGUGCACCACAUUUUUUAUGUUAUUUCUUCAUAGACAGAAAAAAUAUUACAGUCAUUCCUUAAGUAAUGUAAAAAAAAAUAUCAAUAAAUAAAAAUUGCGUUGAAAGAUGAAUAUUUAUUGAAUUCAAGUCACCUUAUUUUCUUUUUUUUUAAAUAAUGUUUUCGAACCUUAAUGUUUUAUAUUCUCAUAAUAAAUUUCACUGUUUUAUAUUUGAUUAAUAUGCCUUUUAGAAAAAAAGCAAAUAAUGGAUAUUGGGGAAAGAUUAAAUUUGUAUAAUGCAGUACAUCUUGACAUAAGUAUAAAUGAUUAUUUAACAAAAUUUAUGAAUGCUAUUAACCAACAUUCCAAGAAGAUAGAAUUCAAAAAUAUAUCACAAGUCCCUCUUAUUUUAAUUUCUUCUUAUUAUUUGAAUCUUUAUUCCAUAUGAUCUCAUGAUAAAUGGGGGGGAGGGGAUCUAAUUCCUAAUUCCUAAGAAAAGAAAUGCCAAAUCCUGAAUUCCCAUGAAAAUAAUAUGACUCUGCCCGCAUCAGGAUAUAAUUAAAUCACAAAUUCCUGUUUUUCCAACGAUUUAACUGGCUCUUCCUGAAUUCCCACGAUUAAACGACCUCAAACGUUAAUUCAUGAAAAGGUCCUUCUGUCCUUAAUUAAAUGUCACUUGAAGAAAUUUUAUUAAUUUGAAAUUUUUCAAAUUCUUAAUAUUUGAAAAGAACAAUUUCUGGAUGAAGUCUUUUAAAAACAAGUUUUAAUUGAUAGAAGCUUGAUAUUUGUUCCCCUUAUUUUCAACAGGAGUAUUGUCAUCCUUGUAAGUCCCUUGUCAUUAUUUAAAGCAAAAAAUACAAUUUUGUCCCUUUUAACCUAAUUCUAGGACAAAAAUAUUUUUUAGAGCUGUUUUUGUGACCUUUAAAUUUGAGUUGCUAUCAGUGAAUUGAUUGUUGAUUUAUUAGAUUAUGUAUGUAAAUGUAAUAUUAUUGAUUUUUGACAAAUAAUUUUUACAUGUAUUGUGAAAUGUCAUUGUAUGUAAAUUUGACAGAUUGUUUUUGAGUUGUUAUCUGAUAUUAACAGAUAAUGUCAGUUUAUUGGGUUGUUUUUAUUUUUAGUUUCUUAUUAUCUAUAAUUAAAUUGAAUAAUCAGAA